GUCCACGCCUCCGCGCUCAUACAGUGUUGAUGGAGGAGCAGAUACAAGAGCUGAACUGUUGAAGAUUCUGAGGCUGAGAUUUUCAUAUUCAGGGACUGAUGUUCACCAGAGAAUUGGAUAACACUUUGUUAGUGGUAAUGAACGAAGUCUUCUCCAGCACUUUUCUACCCAGCUUAAAUGUGCUUCCAUAAUCACAUCAGAGCAUUCCACCAAGAAGGAAGUAAAACUGCUGAAACAGUUGAAAGAUAAGAAUAUGGCAUCCAGAAGACGUUCCACUGCUCAGCAAAUGUCAUCUGGUGCCCUCCACAUGACCACAUCUAACAGACAAACACGGAAACGCAGCAAGAGCAAUCACUGUUGCUUAGAGUGUGGGAAGAGUUUUACUCUACAGAUUUCUCUGAAAAUACACGAGUGCGUUCACACAAGAGAGAAGCCGUAUCACUGCUCAGAAUGUGGAAAGAGUUUUACUCAGCAGGCUUCUCUCCGACAACACAUGCGUAUUCACACAGGAGAGAAGCCGUAUCACUGUUCAGAGUGUGGGAUGAGUUUUACUCAGCAGAGUACUCUCCGGCAACACAAGCAUAUUCACACAGGAGAGAAGCGAUAUCACUGCUCAGAGUGUGGGAGGAGUUUUACUCGACUGAGCUCUCUCCAAAAACACCAGCGCAUUCACACAGGAGAGAAGCCGUAUCGCUGCUCAGACUGUGGGAAGUGUUUUACUCGGCAGAGUACCCUACACGAACAUCAGCGCAUUCACACAGGAGUUAAACCAUAUUACUGCUCUGAAUGUGGGAAGAGUUUUACUCAACGGACUAAUCUCCAACAGCACCAGCUCAUUCACACGGGAGAGAAGCCGUAUCACUGCUUGGAGUGUGGGAAGAGUUUUAAUCGUCACAGACAUCUCCAAGAACACCAGCGCAUUCACACAGGAGAGAAGCCGUAUUACUGCUCAGAUUGUGGGAACAGUUUCAGGCAUUCAAAGACUGCAACAAGACACAAGUGCUUUAAGAGCAGUGAUGGAAACGAACAGGAAUGAGAGUAACCAUAACACAUUCCAGGAGAAAAAGUCUCCAGGGAGUGGUGCUUCCAGCCCAGAAUUCAAACUGUUUUUAAGGUAAAGCCACCUAUUAUUUAACACUGUUCCUGAAACAUGAGCAUAAAUUGAAAUAUGAUUUCCUGUGUUGAACACCAAGUCAAGCCUAAAGCUUAUACCACCAAUUAAGGUGUGGUACUGCAUAUUCUCCCCAAAAUGAUUCCUUUAUCUGUUGAAAACAAUUAAGAGGCUCCACAUUCAAUAAUAAGAGGUUCUUUGCUCUCUAAUGUAUUAUAUCUAAAAAAGUAUUUUAUUUCUCAUGUAAUAAUGGAUAUU